UCUUUCCUUGUAGUGGAUCAAUAACUGCAUAGGAAGAAAAAAUUACAAAAGGUUCUUCAUCCUCAUGGUGUUUGCUCUUCUCUUGCUUAUUCUGCAGUGGGCUGUUGGGAUGCUUGUGCUGAUACUGUGUUUUGUUGAGAGAAGGAGAUUUUCUGCUGAAAUUGUUUCAAAGCUGGGUAGUAGCUUUUCCUUGGCACCCUUUAUCAUUGUGGUGGCUGUGUGCACUUUAUUAGCCAUGGUUGCUACUCUUCCAGUUGCACAACUUUUCUUCUUCCAUAUUCUUUUAAUAAAAAAGGGAAUCAGCACCUAUGAUUACAUUAUUGCUUUGAGGGAGCAAGAUCAGGAGCAGGAGCAACUUGCUGUUGGUGGGCAGCAAAGUCCGCAAAUGUCCCAAGUGAGCUCUUUUACUGGACUAAGCAGCACCAGUUCUUUCAAUCAAUUCCAUCGCGGUGCAUGGUGUACUCCGCCAAGAUUAUUCCUUGAGGAUCAGCCAGCGGAACUUCUCCGUCAGGGCGGCGAAGAGGAGGAGAAACGCCCGUAA